GUAAAACAGGCGCGAGAUUUGACGACACUCGGAAAUGGGAGUUUGUCUGAUAUCAACAAAAUAGUUAUUUAUAUUGUCGUAUUUAUACACGUUUAUUAUGUAAGGAUACAUUGUAAGCAAAUUGAAAGGCGAAUUCCCGUCGUAUAUAUGUUUUUGAACUUUUAAAAGAGAUGUUUUUGUUUGUAGCUUAUGGAUAUAGUCGUCGUACAUUAUUGAACUGAACACAUUAUUGAUCAGAUUGAUCGUUUCUGCGAUGGAAUCUAAACCAGUUCCUGCGAAACUCCUGAACGCCGCUCCUCCGUACGGACAUAUAAUCACUCAUGAGAAGUGGAGAGGAUCCACACUCCUGCAGAGCUUUAAAGGCAGUGUGAAGAUGAUCUUCGAGGAGGAGCUGGGUGUUGUGGACUUCUGUCUCAGUAACAAGACGUGUGUCCUCUAUGUAUCAGAAAGUGAUCAGGUGGCAGGAAACAACUACAGAAGGAAGAUUGUCCGAUUCAGAAAUGCUAACAGUGGUCUGCAGGCUGUUGUGAUUGUGGAGAAGACCCGUCUGAGUGAGCAGUACUUCAGCGGGCUGCAGAAGUUCGUGGUUUUGGAGCUGGGUCUGACCCUGCUGCCUGUGUCGACUUCUGCUGAAGCUGCUCAGCUCAUAGCGCAGCUGGUUCUUGGCGAGAACAAGGAGAACCCAUUCGGCAGGAAGAGCGUGUCCAGACUGCUGGAGCCGGUGGUGUUGAGUCUGGUUCAGCAGAUUCCUGGCGUUGGAAAGGUGAAGGCCAUGCUGCUCCUCCAGAGGUUUCCCAGUAUCCAUCAGCUCAGCAGGGCUUCAGUCCAUGAACUAGAACCCAUAGUGGGACAGGCCACAGCCCAGCACAUCACAGCCUUCUUUCACAACCAGUUCACAUAGAAAUGCAGGAUGAAUAUCACGAGCUGAUGUUCAGAAGCAAGCAAAUAAACACUAUUUAAGCACUG